AUGGUUUGUAGUCGUGGUUGUAACGAUCGACGCUACAGUACAAACAACUUUGACGAAGCAGCUUUUACGGUUACUGUUCGGGAAGAAAUUGGGAAGAAGGGAAAUGAUUGGGAUGAAUUGGAAACAUUACUGGAAAAUAUUGAUGAGCGAGUUACAGAACCAACUCAAGAUUCUAAAUUUGGUUUGUUCAUUUUACUUUAUUCCAAAAACAGCAUCAGUAACACAAAAAAUCCUUGUGAAGAUCAUAUCUGUGGAUGGGGUAAAGAAUGUGUUGUGGACAAAAAAGGUGAACCAGUUUGUGAAUGCAUUUCGAAAUGUCCACAAUUGGAUGAUGAUCCGCUUGAUCAGGUUUGCAGUAACACAAACCAGACAUUUUCAUCAUUAUGCGAACUAUAUCGCGAAAGAUGUUUUUGCAAACAUAAAUUUAAAGAAUGCAAAAAUAAAGUUAAUGCAAAAGUACAUUUGGAAUAUUUGGGUGCUUGUAAGAAGCUUGAACCAUGUACCGAUGAACUGAUGGUCCAAUUUCCAACACGAAUGGCAGACUGGCUUUUUCAGGUAAUGCGAGAAAUGAAGAAACGACGAGAGCUGCAUAAUUUGGAAUGGGAAGAACUGAUCGCAGAAGCAGAAUCUGAUGAUGAGAAAAAGCAUGUCUAUCCGGUAAUAUGGAAAUUCUGCGAUCUGGAUAUCAAGCCUCACGAUAAACAUGUAUCUCAUCAUGAAUUAAUUCCCAUCACAGCACCCGUUAUCCCUAUGGAAUCAUGCAUUAAACCGUUCCUGGAGAACUGUGACAUCAAUAAUGAUGGCAAUAUUUCAAUUAAGGAAUGGGGUAAAUGUCUCGGCCUAAAGGAAGGUGAAAUUCAAGAACGUUGUUAG